GUUCUACAGUAAUCAUUCAGGCACAGUUAGCCAGCCAGUUUGAUAACUAGCCAGCAAAUACCAGUGUCUUGCCAUUCAAGAUGGGUAAAAAGGCGAAAAAGGAACCAGAGCCACCUGCAAAAGAUGAGUUUGACACUCUAUCCAUUGAGAGCAAAAGGGCGGACACAGCUGUGCUGAUGCUCAGUUCUCCAGAGGAGGUAGUCUUGGCAAAAGCUUGUGAAGCCAUUCGCAAAUUUGCAGAAAAGGGUGAUGAGAACAGGAUCACUCUCAUGGGCUUGGGAGCAGUGGAGCCUCUCUCGCGCCUCAUUUCUCACGACGACAAAUCUGUCCGAAAGAAUGCCUUCAUGGCCCUUGGGAUCAUGGCCCACAAUGGUGAUGUCAAAAAAUUGCUGAAAAAAUUGGAUGUCAUACCUUCUAUCAUUGCAAAGCUCUCACCUGAAGAGGAUGUGGUGAUCCAUGAGUUUGCCACUCAGUGUCUCGCAUCUCUGGCUCUCGACUUCGCCUGCAAGGUUCAGAUCUUCGACAGUGAAGCAUUAGGGCCUCUUAUCCAACUCCUCUCUGGCAGCGAUCCAGAUGUAGUGAAGAAUUCUGUCGAGUGCAUUUACAACCUUGUUCAGGAUCUGCCCAGUCGCGUGGCGGUGCGCGAGCUGAACGGGCUCCCCCCGCUGCUGGGCCAGCUGCACUCCGAGUUCCCCGUCAUCCAGGAGCUCACGCUGCGCACCCUGGGGUGCAUCACCACCGACAAGGAGACGCGUCUGGCCUUCAGGGAGGAGCAGGGCCUCGAGAAACUGCUGGAAGUCCUCGCAAACAAAGAUUACAGUGACCUGCAUGUGGAGGCCUUGCAGGUGGUCUCCAACUGCCUGGAGGAUGUGGACACCAUGCAGUACAUCCGGGAGACGGGGGGUCUGCAGACACUGCUGAAGUUUGUGACGACACCCACGCUGCCUGAAGUGCAGAGCAGUGGCGUGAAGGCCAUCACCAAAGUGGCACACAGCUAUGAAAACAGGAAGAUCCUUCACGAGCAGGACGUGGAGAAGGCACUGAUGGCUUUGCUGGCUGUGGACAAUCACCGCGUGCGUUCUGCAGCCUGCCAGGGGGUGGCAGCGAUGAGCCAGCACCUGGCCAGCAAGGACACCUUCAGACAUCUGGAUGGCAUCAAGCCAAUCGUCCAGCUCCUGAGGAGUGACAGCGCGGAGGUGCGGGAGUCUGCGGCGCAGGCGCUGUCCAGCCUGACCAGUGGUAGCCAGCUGAAUGCUCAGGCUGUAUUUGAGGCGGAGGGUGAUGAGGCGCUGGUGCAGCAGGUCCAGGAUGGCAGUGCCAGGGAAGUGGCGUAUGCUGCGUCUGUCCUCACCAACAUGGCUGCCCAGGAAGCCCUCCGACGCAACAUCCUGUCCCAGGGAGUCAUGCAGACCCUGGUGGGGCCUCUGCAGUUCAAGGACACACACCUGCUGGUCAGCAUCAUCCAGGCCGUGGCCACGCUGGCCUGUGACACAGAGGGCAGGACUGAGUUCAGGACUUCUGGGGGUCUGCCACACUUGGUCAAACUGCUCCAUUCAUACAACACAGAAGUACGCCGCAAUGCAUGCUGGGCCCUCAGUGUGUGUGCCAACGACGAGUCGGCUGCGUCUGAACUCACCAAGUUUGGAGCUCUGGAGGUCCUGCAGGAGAUCAACUCUUCCACCAACCGCAGGAACCGAUUCAGUGACAUCGCCCUGCAGCGGCUACUGGACAACAACCUGUCGGCCAAGUACAGCCUCACCGGCCACCUCUCCGCCACGGACGUCAUCGCAGACGGCUUCUAUGACCCUGGGCAGACUCGAGCAGGUCAGAGAGUUCCGGAUCUGGUGGAUCUAUCUAAGCAGGUCAUCAGCCAGCGCCGACCAGUCAUCGCAGUUAAUGGAAAACCAAAAGACCCGAGCAUCCUUGGCCUAGCGGACGCCAGGCAGCCGGACAGCCCCAGCGAGUCACGGGCCGCCUCGGCCCAGAGCAACCGGUCCAGCAGCAGAGCUCCCAGGUGUGUUACCCAGAGCAACCGGUCCAGCAGCAGAGCUCCCAGGUGUGUUACCCAGAGCAACCGGUCCAGCAGCAGAGCUCCCAGGUGUGUUACCCAGAGCAACAGGUCCAGCAGCAGAGCUCCCAGGUGUGUUACCCAGAGCAGCGGAGCAGAGCUCCCAGGUGUGUUACCCAGAGCAACAGGUCCAUCAGCAGAGCUCCCAGGUGUGUUACCCAGAGCAGCGGAGCAGAGCUCCCAGGUGUGUUACCCAGAGCAGCGGAGCUGA